AUGUUGUUUAAGGACGAUGCUGCUCUAAUGUCAGCUGUCAUCACCGGUGUUGUGAAUGUUGUUGCAACAUGUGUCUCAAUUUAUGGAGUUGAUAAGUGGGGUAGGAGAGCCCUUUUCCUUGAAGGUGGAGUUCAGAUGCUCAUAUGCCAAGCUAUAGUUGCAAUUGCUAUUGGAGCCAAGUUUGGAAUCGAUGGAAACCCUGGUGAUUUGCCACAGUGGUAUGCUAUUGUUGUGGUUCUCUUCAUUUGCAUUUACGUGGCAGCAUUUGCAUGGUCUUGGGGUCCCCUUGGUUGGUUGGUGCCUAGUGAGAUCUUUCCAUUGGAGAUUCGUUCGGCUGCUCAGAGUAUCACUGUCGCGGUCAACAUGCUCUUCACUUUCUUAAUUGCGCAAGUCUUCUUGCAAAUGCUUUGCCACAUGAAGUUUGGCUUAUUCAUCUUCUUCGCCUUCUUUGUGUUGUUCAUGUCAUUCUUCGUUUUCUUCCUUUUGCCCGAAACCAAGGGUAUUCCAAUUGAAGAAAUGCCUAAGGUGUGGAAGGCACACCCAUUCUGGGCCAGAUUCGUUCAACAUGAUGAUUAUGAUAACGGAGUUCAGAUGGGAAAGGGAUCUAGUCAAGUGUAGUUAAUUAAUUAGUCCUUUAUUUUUGUUGUUGUUUUUUUCUUUUUCCUUGUAAAUCAUCCUAUUGAUGUUCGAGUCAGUUUUAAUGUAUUGAAUUGUUUUUAUGAAAAAGUUCUUUAUUUUAGAAAUUUGUCUUCUGUCAGGAGAAUUUUUUUUCUUUUUCAAAGUCCACCAACAAUCAUUUUAAAAACCCACUUUCUAUCGAUUUAAGUUUAAUGUAUAGUACAUCUAUAAUACGUAUUUUUUUUUAUGAUACCACUUUCUUUAUUAAAUUAAGAAACAUAUUUUGAUUUUUUAUUUUUGUUAUUUUAAAUUUGAUCUACUAGUUUUAA